UGAUUCUCUUUGCCAAGGGAGAUUGAUGAACAUGACUCCCCUCAGGUGACCGAGUUGCUCGAAGACAUGGCUAUCAAGGGAUACGAUUGGGGCUUGAUGAGAAGUGGUAAGGGAAGCACCGAAAGAGGAGUGUGAAGUGUGGGAGUAAGUGCUCCACUUGAAGCUAAGCUUCACAAGCUGAUUGAGGUGAUCCUUGAGGGCAAGAAGCAAGGGAAGAGAGCAGUGAUGUCUUGUGAUUAGUGCUCUAGCACUAGUCAUGAGAUAACGGAUUGCCAAGGAUGAAGGAAACAAGUACCCCCGAGGAGCAAGUGAUUUUCAUUGUCAAUGCUAGAGGGAACAAACCUUAUAGCAACACCUACAACCGGGGGUGCCUCAAUCAUACAAACUUUGCUUGGUCUUCCCCUACCAAUCCAAGACCUCUGGUUUCCAAGGUCAGACAGGAAACUAUCAACCUUAUCCGACUUCAUCCAACAAAAGCCUCAGUUCCAAAACUCGAACUUCCAACAACCAUACCAAGCACAAGGCGGUCAAGGGUUCCAACAACAACAACGACAACCGACAAGUUUGCUAAACUUGAAGAUCUAUUGACCAUCUUUAUGAGCACAAGCUCUCAGAAGUUUGAGAAGAUUGAGCAAUUCAUGGAUGUGACAACGUUGAAGUUUACCUCGGUUGAGGCGGGACUCCGAAGUCAUCAAGCAAGUCUUUGGAACUUGGAGGUGCAAAUUGACAAUCUUGUUAGGAUCCUCACCGAGAGACCAAGGGGAGCUCUACCUUCCCAAACAGUUGCAAACACCAAAGACCAAAAUGUCGGGUUGAAUGCGAUACAGUUGAGAAGUGGGAAGGUGACUCCGGAGGCAAUGAGAAGGAAGACCCUCCACCCGAGGGUGGAGAAGGAGAAACCUCAGGAGAAAAGAGAGGAGUGGAGAGGAAGGCAUCGCCAACGCGACCUCCAGUGGCUAAGUACACGCCACCCCUACCUUUUCCCACGAGGGUGCACAACGAAAAAUUAGAAGCAGAAUGUGGAAGCUUCAUGGAGAUGCUCAGAAAACUCCACCUCCACAUUCCCUUCCUUGAAGCAAUGGCCCACAUGCCACGAUAUUCAAUAUACCUCAAUGGGCUUCUCUCCAAGAAGCCAAAAUUCCAAGACCUCGCCAAUGUCACCCUAGAAUGCUCCGCCUUCAUCCUCAACAGGUUGCCCGAAAAGCAACUCAAUCCAGGUAGUUUCACCAUACCUCUUUGCAUUGGUACUCAUCACAUAGAGAAUUCCUUGGUGGACUUAGGAGCAAGCAUCAAUGUGAUGCCCUUUAAGCUUUUUAAGAGGCUAGACUUGGGUGAACUAAAGACUACUAAGCUUAGUGUCACAUUGGCCGAUCGCUCUGUCAUUAGUCCUAGGCAAUGUAGUCAAAAGCGAGUUUCUACGUAGAAACGUUUUGGUGAUCUAGAAACAUAAAAUCGUAAGUUUUUA